CGGGGUUCUGUCCUUCGAAGUAUUGCACCUUUUCCUUUCCGUCUUCCUCCGAGCGAUUGGACCCCGUCCUUCAUGAACAACAUCACAACCCAAGCUCGAUGCCGCACAAAACAAUGGAUGAGCAGGCCAGGGCGGCCUAUGAGAGUCAGUGCCUCCAACUGCGGGCCGAGCUCAAGAAAUGGGAGAGCGACUGGGCAAUUGCGCACGCCGGGAAGAAGCCCGGCCGUGACGACAUCAAACAAAGGCCAGACAUUGGUACGUAUGCCCACCGCCUCGUUCGAUGCGUGCGUGCUCUCUUCGGCUAAGACAGACGGCUUCGCGGACUGCAGCCCACAAAUACAAACAGUACAACAAGCUACGGGACAUACUCGCAGGCAAGCUCCCGCCCCCGCCGUCCGGUCCCGUAGAAGACGCCCGCGGCCACCAGCAGCGCAAGCGGACCCAAUCCGACGCUGCUCUCCCUCCCCAGACCCCAUCCAAGAGAUCCAAGCCGGCCCAGACGCCAAAGAAGACGCACCUUUGUCAGUCCGACGCCGUGGAGGCCGGUACUCGCACGCCUUCGGCACGUCACGCCGCCGCCGCCACCCCCUCUAUGAAUCGAGCGUCCCUUACCCCGGCCGCAGCGGCGCCGACCUCGAUCAGCCCAACUCCGCAGAAAGACGGCCGCGUCCUGGGCCUCUUCGACCUGCUCGGUCGCACCCCAUCGGGGUCCUCCGCGGGCCCCCCAACUGCCGACGCCCACCCCGUCGUGGCGACUCCAAGUAAACGAUGUACCAAUGAUGCGUUCCCCCAACCAACAGCGAUCCCAUCAACGGCCAUGACGCCGACCUCUGCCCGCUUCGCCACCACGCCGCAGUCCAGGCGCACCACAGCCAGGGCUGCAGCGGCCCUCCACAGCAGGAAGGACAACGGCAACGCGCCCUUCAGAACCCCGACGAUCAAUCGGAACUCCGAGGAGAAGCCCAACGGUAACGCCACACCUUCAAACGCAACCCCGUCCUUCCUGCGCCGGCGGACCGUCUCGAUCGGAAUGUCGGCGGCGGCGGCGGCAGCCAGCAGAACGGGCCUUGCGCGCAUCGAUGAGAAGAAGGAGGAAGGGGCCGCCAACGACGGCGGCAGAACGGACGAGGAGAAGGAGGAGGAGGAGGCGUGGAGAAAAAUCGGCCCGCUGAGGCUGCCGCGGAAGCUGGGAUUUGGACGGAGCCUGAGCAGCGUGGUUGCCGACCUGAGGAAGAUGGAAGAGGAAGCCUUUGGCGACGACGAGGAGGCUCUGCGGGAGAUGGAGAUGGCGGGCUCGAGCGGUGGCGGGGGAAUCGAUCGACCUCUCACUGUUGACAAGACGAUGCGGAAGCGAGGGGCCGGGACCAAGGAUAGCCAGGGGGCGGCGGUCCAACUGGGCCGCGAUCCGCCCGGUAAGGCGGACGCUCGAGGAACAACGGAGCCCGCGGUUGGGCUGCUGUCGGGCUUCGACGAGGAAGGACUCUACGACAGCCCUGACGAGGAGGAACAGAAAGGAGCACAGCAACAACCCCUCCGGCAGUUCAAGAAGCGCGGCCAAAAGCGCACCACCCGGUUGGUCAAGAUGCGGCCGACCCGCACCAAACGGCCUACGCAGGCCAAUGUUGAAGACGAAAGUGACGAAGCGGAAGUCGACGACAUGGUGCCCGAGACACAAUUGGACGCCUCUUCCGAGCCCGCUGCAGCAGCCGGUGACGACGGCCUGCGCCUCUCGGAGGUCGACUCCGCCUCGGACGCUGACUUUGACGCCGCCGCCGCCGCCGCCGCUGACGACGACGACGAGGACGAGGAGCGAGGAGGCAAGUCCAAGACGAAGAACUCUCGGUCAGCAACGGCCAAGAACAAAGACAAAGACAACAAGACCAACAACGGCCGCAGCGGCAGCGGCGACGGCGACGGCAAGGACAAAGGCGAAGGCGUCGUCAGGCGGGCCGUGCGCAAGGUCAAGGCGACGGCGCACGCCAACUUCAAGCGUCUCAAGCUGCGGAACUCGGGGGCCAAGGGCGGGCCGGCGCACAACAGUCGGUUCAGGAGGAGGCGGUGAACGAGCAAGCAAGCAAACAAGCAGGCAGGCAGGCAAGCAGGCGGGGUUGUGUGGCAUGUACCCCCGGGGGGAGAGGGGGGGGCUGCUCCGCAUGGAGCUCUCACAACAGUUUAACGACUCACUACUGCAUGGGGUGGCAUGGCAUAGCAUGGCAUGGCAUAUGGGUCGUUUUGCAGGUAUACAUAACAUACCCGGGGUUGCUGGGGCGCGGUCGCAUGGCGUUGGGAGCAUGGCUUUUGUGUGGAAAUGGUUGCUUGGUAGAGAUGGCAUGUCUGGGUCUCCUGCUGUACUCGCUUUCAAAUACCCACGGAAACGCUAUUCUGUAUGUCCUAGCGAGUGAACUGAACUGCCAGCUUUGGUGAACAAGUGUACCCCGUACAGGGCUUCCUUCUGAUCACGGUUACGCCACAGACAUGGGCUAAACCUCGCCGUGUCCCGGUGAGAGAGUGUGGCCGCCGUAGUUAGACCACGUUAGCG